CCUCUCUCCCUACUCUGAAUUCCGAUUCCCUUUGUUAUAUAUUUUUUUGUAAUUUUGGUCGACGCAUUUUGAUAAGUGCUGUAUUUUGUAAUCGGUAUAACCAAUACGACUUCAGCAUAUUUGGGAAAUAAACCACAAAUAAAGAAAUACUUCAACUUUUCUUUUAGACACUUGACAGUCUAUGGAAACAAUUGAAGUAUGGACAUGUUUAAAAAAUAUAUUUUUGUAUUACAAGGAAAAAUAACAGCAGAGAGGUUUUGAGCAUCGGGUGAGUAAACUAUAUUAAUAUGUAUAUUGAUAUAAAACUGUUAUUUUGCCUAAUUUUAAAAGUUAGAUUUCUAGACCUGCAAAGCAUGUGCAUUUUUAUAUGAAUAUGCAGUACUGUUGUCCAUUUAUAUGUACCAUUGUUAUUGAAUAGCCUUGGAGUCAACAUGUUUGAGAACUGCUCUAGAUCCUGGGCCAGUUUAGAGGAAACACAGAUUUGGAUUGGACAGGCUGAAAAUGAUCUUGGGCAAGUACUGGAAGUAGAUAUUUUUCUUGACUGAAGCAUUCUUCUGAUAAUUACCUCAAAGUUUUGCAGCAUUGUAUGCCACUGUAUGAAGUCCCUCUAUUAAGUACUUGACAUCCUGAGCCUUUAGAGACGUUUUCCACUGGCCACAGAGCUGUGACAGCCCCUCAGAAUGGAUGAUAAGGGCUUCCCUCCACUUCCAAAUGAGUGAUUUGUUUUUCCCCUUAAGCACAGAAGCUCUUCAGCGGGCACCCUGCUGCACACCCCUACAUAUGAUAAAAUGCUUAAGAAGUCAGUGGAAAACAAACUAAAUAAUCCCAUGCACAGAAUUCUUAGUAGGUUUUGUUUGUGUUACAGAGUCAAAGUUACAGUCUUCUGUCCACAGUUUGAACAACUUAUUAAAUUCCCUUGAGGAAGUAUUUGACUUUAAGUACUCAUUUCAUUGCAAUUGAUGCUUACAAACCUCUCGGAGAUAGUCACAGAUUUACUGAUUACAGCACAGCAAUGGCAAAAAGUGUCUCAGUCUAUCCUGCAACCUCUCAAACCUCAUUUCAUUUCAAUUUCCGUCGCCACAGAUAUUUAUCCCCUCUUGUUCUAAGAUAUGGAGGCACUCUUCAGACAUUUGUCGAAAAGAAAUGGUCAAUAAACUUAAGUCCCGACAUUCAUAGGAAAUCAUGGGAAAAACAAAUAAACACUAGACCCAAAAUCCUGCCCUGGCUAACCCACCCAAACAUAGGAAGAGGCUUCUGCACGUAUCAGAGCAAUGUUUACAAAAUCCUCAUUAAGGAAAAGAAAGCAGAUAACGGUACAUGCGCGCGCGCACACACACACACACACACACUGGAACACUAUGAACACUAGAAAUGCAGAGCUUCCUAGUUUGUAGAUAAGGGUCAGAGAGAGAAAGUACAGAGAGCAAGAGUGAGGGAGAGAGAGGAAAAAACAUUUGAAAAAAUAUGUCACAGAGGGACAUCUCUUUCACGUAAUGAAACCACCCUCAACUUUUCAGACAUCAAAAGGUGAGAAGAAUAAAUGCUAAGAGGUCAGGAAUAGAGGCUCCUUAAUGCAGUGACUACUCUGCGGCUACAUAUAAGAAACAAAACAGCAUACGACGGCUGUUCUUCCCUACAUUCUGUACUGGAGCGACCAUUGACCUUCUAUCCAGAAGAAAGGGUUGAGUUCUUCAAAAAAAGGGCGUUUGUCACUGAAUCUAUAGAUCUAGUUUUUGCUCCUGUGAAACUCUGCACCUAUAGCUGAUACACACCUCAUAUGCCUCACAUCAUGGGUGGCAGCAGGAAGAACUUUUUGGUUAUGUGUACAUCCAGCACAUCUGUAUUAUUGGCCUUUUUCUUGUUUUCCUGGGGGCCUUUCUGUACACAAAGUAGCCCUAUCGGCUCCCCCGAGAAACUCCGCACCGCUCCAGGGUUGGAUGACGGACAUGGAGGGGUUCUGGAUCCUUUACUCCUGGAGCAGGACAGUGAGAUGGACAUGCAGAGCUUGCUGGAGACCCUGAAAGGACAGUUUCUACGCACUUUUAACCUGACACAACCCAGCCCCCCUGUGCAGCCAGGGGCCACUAGAGUAGAGCCCCCUGAAUACAUGCUGGAGCUCUAUAACCGCUUUGCCAGUGACCGGACAGCAAUGCCUUCUGCAAACAUUGUACGCAGCUUUAAAAAUGAAGACUUUUCCUCAUGUAAUGUGGGACCUGGUGGGGUGAGACGACACCCUCUUAUCUUCAACGUGUCUAUCCCACAUCACGAGAGAGUUGCCGCAGCUGAGCUCCGACUGUACACUUUGGUCCAGACUGACCGCAACAAAUACACUGGUGUUGACAGAAAAGUUACCAUAUAUGAAGUCAAACUUCUUGAAAUGAACAGCAGUCAGCAAAUAGGAGAGGACAUUAUUGAGGGAGGAAAUCAAACCAAGCAAGAGGAAGAAACAGAACUAGUGGAGUUGGCGUCUCGACAGGUUUACGGUACAGAUAGUGGGUGGGAAUCCUUUGACAUGACCUCUGCUGUGCAACUUUGGCGGAAAUCAGACUAUGGCACCACCCACAGGCUGGAGGUCCACAUAGCCAGUCUGAACUCCCAGAGUUUGACAUCAACUGAAGGUAAGGAUGAAGGCAACACCAGAGGAGGGGAAAUGGACAUUGACACUAGCCCUGAGGACAAACACAAACCCUUAAUGAUCGUCUUUUCUGAUGACCAGAGCAGAGACCACCGUGGAGACAAACGAGAGUUGAAUGAACUGAUCCAGCAUGAGACCACUGGGCCGGGUGUUCAAAACAACCUUGAGCUAGAACUGAACGGUCUCUGGGAUGACCUGGAACUUAUGGGACAAAAAGAUGGGAGUGAGAAAGAGGAGCAGAGUGAGGAAGCUCUCCUACAGAUGCGCUCCAACUUCAUCUAUGACACGGCGUCUAGAUUCCGACGCAAUGCCAAGGGCAACCAGUGUAAAAAGACCUCCCUUUAUGUGGACUUCAAAGACAUCGGCUGGGACAGUUGGAUCCUAGCUCCCUCCGGUUAUGAAGCCUUUGAGUGUACGGGGACGUGCAUGUACCCCUUGACCAAUCACGUUACACCUACAAAACAUGCCAUUGUGCAAACAUUGGUCAGUCUGAAAAGUCCACAAAGAGUGUCCAAGGCUUGUUGCGUACCCACUGAACUAGAUCCCAUCUCCCUGCUCUACCUAGAUGAUGCAGGUGUGGUUACAUAUCAGUAUAAAUAUGAAGGUAUGGUGGUAGCUAAGUGUGGAUGCAGAUAGUAUUUAAUGGACUUGGUGGAGUGGGGUGAAGCUGGGCCAAAAGCUUAGCGAUUGAAUUGGAAGGAAGCUAAAAGACAGUUAUUGUCUACGGCCUUCAUACCAAGUUUCUUCCAAAUGGCAGUGGAUAAGCUCUUACUCCCAACCUUAACAGCGUUAGCAGGAGUCAUGAAAUCAGUGGAAUCUGCCAAUUCUGGACCCAUGUGACGAGGGGCCACAAUACAAGAUUUAGUGGGAAUGGUGGGAAAUGGUCCAUUUCAUUCCUGCUGAAUAAGGAUUGGGUGGAACAUAAGACAAUAAUUGAACCACUUGACAUGCCUCAAGAUCAGCCGGGAUAAAUGAGCUGUUCUUAUCAGUAAAGACUGAAGUUUAAGUUAGAGAUUAUAUCAACUCCAGCUUGUUACAUACUUGGCCAUAUCGUUUGCGUCAGCAAAGCCCUCGCUAAGUGGGCAUUUCAUAGUAAUGGCAGCGAACUCAAGCACCACAGGGUCAGUCAAGUGACACUACCAGAGACAAGAAGCAUGUGAAAUGGCCUAUUACGGCAAUGGGUCUCAUUCAUUACUCAUGCAUACACACAGAUUUUUGAGCUUUUGGGUUUCUCUGUAGAAAAACAGAACCUGUAUAUACAGCUGGCUACUGAGAGUUUUUAAUCUGGGUCUGUAUAAAAGGUGGUUAUUUUAUUUGAACUGGUUUUAAGGAUGGACAUUUGCUGCUGAGACUGAUGAAAGGCUGUAAAGGAAAGGUUGUGUGGAGUAUGAUUAAUGGUUUAGGUGUGUUUUAUGCAAAUAAGUAACCUCAGGCAUUCAACUCAUCAUUUCGAAAACUCAAAAAGAGUAAAUAAUAAAUUCAUGUGCAUAUGUAUGUGUUGUGAAUUAUGCAAAAACAUUUUGUUAGAAGCACUCCUGUGGGAAUAAAUACAAAAUAAUUCAUGCAAUUAUGAAUGAAUGAGACCCAAAAACAAAUCAGUAAAUAGAUGAUCAUGAAACAGAGACUCUGGAAAAAGAACUUCUAAAAUGUCUCAAACCAUCUAGAAUUACUCUUAAUCCUGCCAUUCUCUUUGCUUCAGUAACAUUUCUCCAUACUGAAACCUUAUGUGCAUUUUAGUAUGGAAUUAAUUUACAAUUCAGCAUGUCACUGCUGAGAUAUGAGAAUGGGACAGUUGACAAAGGAUGCAGGUUGUCCGCCUCGUGCCACUGGCAACAGAUGACAUCAACAAGAGGGAUACAGGGGGCUAUCACCCCCUCCUGCACCACAUGCCGUGUGAGCUAUGCUCCAACCCCUAAGCACGACCAUGAUAAGAAGGUGUCAGGUCCAAAAAAACAUGUGUUUGAGGACCAAAGACAAUUCCAAGCUGCACGGAGGCCGGAAGACAACAGAGUCCUGGGAAUGAGAGAGUUAUAGGUCAUAUCUACUUUUUGACCCCACAAAAGACACAUAAUUUACUCCCUAUCGCUCUCCUCCUGUAGUCUUCUGUCAUUCUUCUAUUCCUUUUGGACCCUUAUCACCGUUAGGGCAGGAGGAUGAAUGGAAACUGUUUUGCGAGGUCAUGCCACCCACAGAUAUCCUUCACAAGACUUUUCAGAUUGAUAAUUUCUGCCAGGAUUAUUCCCAUGCCUGACGAAUACUUUGCAUUACUGAUUUUAUUAUAAACUUUACUGUUGUUGGAGUACAAAUUGUGUCUGCUGCUUUGAAUGAUUAUAAAGCUUAUUUAUUGAUUAAUUUAUUUGUUUUUAUUAUUAUUUAGGUGACUUUGUAUAGCAAUACUGUACAUAGGACUACAUAAACUAUACAGUGUAUGUAGUGGGAAGUCAUGGCCUAGUGCUUAGUUUGACUCCUAACCCUAAGAUUGUGGGUUUGAGUCCCGGGCCAGCAAUACCAUGACUUAGGUGCCCUUGAGCAAGGCACCGAACCCCCAGCUGCUCCCCGGGCGCCGCAGCAUAAAUGGCUGCCCACUGCUCUGGGUGUGUGUUCACAGUGUGUGUGUGUCUCUGUUCACUGCUGUGUGUGCGCACUUUGGAUGGGUUAAAUGCAGAGCACGAAUUCUGAGUAUGGGUCACCAUACUUGGCCGUAUGUCACUUUCGCUUUUUUUCCCCCCCAGAGUAUUUUAUACUGUAUGAUGUUGUUGUGCAAAUAAUAAGGGUAUACAAGUAUAUAAAUUAAAUUUAAAAUCAAAUUAUUAAUUGUAAUAAUUUAUCAUUGUCUCAUAUAGUAUGUGCUGAAAUACUAAUGAUGUUGUAUGUGCUUUAAUCAAUCGCUUUAAGCACCGAUGUCUUGUUAGGAUUUGUUUAUAUCUUUAAAUUAGUUUGUUGAUCCUCUUGUCCCUUGUACCCAGACACUCCAUAACUCCUUAACAAGAUAUAUUUAGCCACAAUCAGUCCAGUGCUCGCUGUUUAGACAUCGGGUGUGGGAGCGAUUCAUAAAUUAAACUUCCCAUUGAAGACCAGCAGCUCAAAGGCCCAUAGUUUACAAGUGUCAAACAGAUCCACAUCCAUGGGAAGCUGACUGGAAACUAACAAGCACACAAACUCAUCUGCUCUGUGGCUUGAGACUGUGCAGAUACAUUUGGUUCUUUUUUGGGGUAGGGGAGCUUACGAAGUGUUUAUUUAACUUUGUUUUCUGUAUAUUUAAGAUGUGAAGUUGGUAAAUGCCAGUUGCCAUUGUAAAACAGGUAUUAUUAUCAUUAUUAUUAUGUACAAACGCACAAAUGUUGUAAAUAAAAUAAUAUUUUGAAGAAA